CUGUCAAAAUUUAAUAAAAUUUUAUUUUCGUGGAUAAAAUCUUUGGGAAAUAGAAAACUGGAGUUAAUUUAUAGAAAAAUAAAUGCUGUUCCUUUAGUUAAAAUGACACAGAGAUUGUGUGUAAAGUAAAAUUCAAACUAACGGUGUGUCAAAGAAAUUUUAGGAUUUCCUCAACUUCAUAUAGCUAAGUUUUCAAGAUGGUUUUAGCAGAUUUGGGUCGUAAAAUUACCACAGCCUUACAAUCCCUCAGUAGGGCUACUAUUAUUAAUGAAGAUGUUUUGAAUUCAAUGCUCAAGCAAAUUUGUGCUGCUCUAUUAGAAGCUGAUGUUAAUAUUCGCUUAGUUAAAAACCUUAGGGAAAAUGUACGUGCUGUUAUUGAUUUUGAUGAAAUGGCUGGUGGUCUCAACAAGCGGAGAAUGAUACAAUCUGCAGUUUUCAAAGAAUUGGUGAAAUUAGUUGACCCUGGUGUGAAGCCUUACCAACCAGUAAAAGGAAAACCCAAUGUCAUAAUGUUUGUGGGCCUACAAGGAUCAGGAAAAACUACAACAUGCACCAAGCUAGCUUACCACUAUCUCAGAAAAAACUGGAAGUCAUGCUUAGUUUGUGCUGAUACUUUCAGAGCCGGUGCUUAUGACCAAGUCAAACAGAAUUGUACAAAAGCUAGAAUACCAUUUUAUGGAAGUUACACAGAAGUAGAUCCUGUUGUAAUUGCAACCACUGGUGUUGAAAUGUUUAAAAAGGAAGGCUUUGAAAUGAUUAUUGUUGACACCAGUGGCCGGCACAAGCAAGAAGAAUCACUCUUUGAAGAAAUGUUGGCGGUUGCCAAUGCAAUAAAACCUGACAAUAUUAUUUUCGUCAUGGACGCCACGAUUGGUCAAGCUUGUGAGGCACAAGCUAGAGCCUUCAAGGAGAAAGUGGAUAUUGGUUCAGUUAUUAUCACUAAAUUGGAUGGCCAUGCCAAAGGAGGUGGCGCAUUGUCCGCUGUAGCAGCUACUCAGAGUCCUAUAAUCUUUAUUGGCACAGGAGAACAUAUUGAUGAUUUAGAGCCAUUUAAGACAAAACCAUUUAUUAACAAACUAUUGGGUAUGGGUGACAUAGAAGGAUUAUUAGACAAAGUGAAUGAGCUCAAAUUAGAUGAUAAUGAUGAGUUGUUAGAAAAAUUGAAACAUGGCCAGUUUACAUUACGAGCUAUGUAUGAACAAUUUCAGAACAUUAUGAAAAUGGGACCGUUUUCGCAGAUAAUGGGGAUGAUUCCAGGAUUUUCACAAGAUCUGAUGUCAAAAGGCAGUGAACAGGAGUCAAUGGCCAGACUCAAACGUCUGAUGACCAUUAUGGAUUCCAUGAAUGAAGGGGAGUUGGACCAUCGCGAUGGCGCGAAGCUGUUCACCAAACAACCAACGCGUGUCACCAGGGUAGCCCAAGGAGCCGGUGUCACAGAAAGGGAUGUCAAAGAUUUGAUAACUCAGUAUACUAAAUUCGCUGCAGUUGUAAAAAAGAUGGGUGGUAUCAAAGGUCUGUUCAAGGGCGGUGACAUGGCUAAAAAUGUUAAUCAAACACAGAUGGCUAAACUCAAUCAACAAAUGGCUAAAAUGAUGGAUCCCCGUAUCCUUCAGCAGAUGGGUGGGAUGUCUGGGCUUCACAAUAUGAUGAGACAACUGCAGCAAGGAUCAAGUGGCAUGAAUAGCCUCAUGGGUGGGAAAUGACAAUAAAGUGUUUUAAGUUCAUGUCACACGUGUAAUUAAUCUGUAUCAAUCAAUAAAUUAUGUUGAUAUCAUUUAUCUUUUUUUGUCAUAUUUUUUCUUUUUGAUUUUUACCUUGGUAGGUAAUCUGGUGCUCGCGACCUGAAGUAACUAAAUAACAGGGCCAAGUGUUGCAGUGCACACGAAUACGAGCUUUAGCGCGGAGCUAUGAAGGGGGGGGGGGGGGGGUUAUGGGGCAAUUAAAUUUAAUUAUCGGGAUGAAGUUUUGCGGUCGGUAGCUAGGAAAUAUAUUUAAAAAAUAUGGUCAAACCUCUUUUUAUUUGGUCAAACAAGAUUCCGCGGAUUCUUUUAUUUGAAAGGUAUCAUUUUGAUGCAAAUUUUCAAUCUGGCGGAAAUUUGGAAAUCAUUUCUGGCAACCCUGCGUGCUACUGACAUUUAUGGGCGUUUUGGCGAGAUUUCAUCGAGUGCGAUUGGU